AUGUCCUCCGAAUCGGCGUCGGAAUCCGAGGCGGACUACCACUCGGCCGACUGCGACGCAUCUGGGAGCGGUAGUACCUCGGCAUCCGAGUCGGGCAGUGGCAGCGGCACCGAGAGCGACUCAGGCUCUAGCCGCGCGGGCGCGGGCGGCUCCAUCCGCGACGCUCCUCCGUCGGACGAGGACGAGGACGAGGACUCUGACGACGGAUCGGUGGUGAAGUGCCCCGACGGGCACAUCAUGGACGUCGUCUCCGCAAAUUUCAUGUACGGCUUCGCGCAAUGUGUGCUUUGCCCGCACGUCUUCAAUCAGUCGUACGAGGGCGCGUACAGAUGUGGCGCUUGCAACGUGUUGCGCUGCCUCGACUGCGACUUGUCGGAGACUGCUCUUGCGGGUAUGACCAUGGGUGCCUCAGACGACACGGCCCCGACUGGCACGCUAGCCUUGAGGUCCAACAUGGCCAGGCCCAUUGAGCUCGCAGCUGGCGAAGCCGAGCGCGAGCGGCAGGUGGACGAUCUAGUGGCGCAGGACCCUGAGGGCGCCCUCUGGCUAGCACGAGAGCUCCUGCGCCGCAUUCCCACUGCGCGGCUCCCGGAGGAGUCGAUGCGUCAUUAUGCCAGGGUGCGCUGCGCUUGCUGCGACACGCUGAUCGGCGACGGCGACACGGCCACAUGCCCGAUGGCUCGAGACGACAUCAUCGCCAAUGAGAUCCAACUCGGCUACGACGAGGCGGGCCUGCACCGAUCUGCCAGGUAUGUCUUCUACCGACAAUUUAUCGCGAUGAAGUACGGGCACCUCGGCGCAGGCGUGCGCAUUCGCCUGCCAGACUGUGUAGUCGCGGCAAUCCGAUGCCGCUGGCCGGAGCCCAGCUGCACGUGCGAUCACGUGGCCAUAGCGCGUUGCACCGCGCAUGGGUACACUGGUUUCCGUGCCCAGCGGUGA